AUGGCGAGCACAACCCACUCAGACGGAGGAAAAAAAAACACCAGCGGAGGAGGUACCACAUCCUAUGAAGACUUCAUCGAAUUAAGGAAGAGAAUUAUAUUGAAGGAAAAAGAACUUUUGGAAAAAAAAAAAAAAUGCCCAGAAAAAGUAGGUGAGAAAAAAGGAGGGGAAGAAAUUACAGGAAAGGAGGAAGUGGAAGGACAGAAAGGAAAGCUCAUGUACAGGUCCUUUGACGAAUUUUACAAAUAUAAAAAAUAUUUUGAGGAACACGAGGUGAAGGUGGAAAGGGAUGCCAUGACAUUACUCCGCAAGUGCGGCGGUAGUUACGUACGCGGUGGGAAUAACGUAAGUGGUGGUAAUGAUACACACGGUGGUAGCGACGUGCACGAUCCAAAUGACCUGCACACGGAUAAGGAUCAGGGAAAUCGUGGGGAUCAGCGAUACUCGUACAUCAAACUCAAAACGGAAAGACAAGGAACCGUCAAGCAGCUAAAGGAGUACUUCCAGAAAAUGCAAGAAGAUCAAAUGCAAAAGAGAAACAACGAGAUGCUUAUGAAGAGAGACAAGAAGGGGGCCCUAACCGUUGCCGACAAAGGGAAAGAACGUGGACUGAAUAGCGGCAACACCGUUUUGGAAAGAAUGGAAAACGAAAAGAGGUGCUACCCACCUGAGCAUGACAACCAACCGACUGACCAACCGACUGACCAACCGACCGAUCAACAAACCGACCAACCGACCGAUCAACAAACCGACCAAACGACCGAUGAACGAACCGACCAAACGACCGAUCAACGAACCGACCAACUGGACAACCAAGUAGACCGACGGUCCAGUCGUAAAGACGCCGAAAGUGAUCACGUGGACAUGAAGGAGUUGGAACUCCUCUACAACCUUAUCAGUGAAAUGAAGAAAAGUUGUAACAGGGGGGAAGACUACAUCGCCAACCUAGUCCAGGAUCUACACAACUCUAAUAAGAGGCACUUGGUACGGAAGAUUCUACAAAUACUCAAAACCGUUGACAAUAAAAUAGCCUCGGAGAAGGGGAAGAAGCCAAUGGAUGAGCCGCGUGUCAGCCAUGUUGGAGGAGGAGAGACAGACAAACAGCUCACAAGCGUUAACACUUCGGUAAACAUGGAGUGUAACAAAGGCACAGGAAAUGCAGAUAAAGCUUUCCCUCAUAAGGAAAAAAAAAAUGAUGGCCAUCCUAAGGUACUUCCAAAAGACACUUCCAAUUGGAGAAGUGAUAGCAAAAACGAGAAAGAGAAAAAAACUGCACCCAUCAGAAGUGGGAGCCCUAUCCAUGUAAAAAUAAAAAAAUACAACGAUGCAGUGGAGGCAGGAUAUUCCCAAAAUGGUCGUGCCCUGUGUGGGAAAAUAGAAGUUAAUAGGGGAGUUGGAAGUGUGCCGCAGACAGUGGAACGGAAAAAGGGCCCAACCAAGGUAGGGAAAGUGAUGGAAAAUGAAAAUAGUGGUGUAAAGCGGGAACCUCAAGACGGGAAAACUAUCCAAACGGGUGUUGCACCCAACGACGGGAAAACUAUCCAAACGGGUGUUGCACCCAACGACGGGAAAACUAUCCAAACGGGUGUUGCACCCAACGACGGAAAAAGCAGACAAACGAGCAUCGCUUCCAGUGAUGGAGCAAACAGCCAGUCAAAACAUUCGAAUAAUAAUGACAGAUUCUUAGGUCCGAAUGAUAACACAGUUAAAGGUGAAGCUAACGACGCUGGAAAGUUUGAAUGGUUUUAUUCUACGAUGAAGGACUUAUAUAGUGAGGAUGGUGAGCCAAGCGGUGGACCAACAGGCGAGUCAAAUGAUUACUCAAGUGAGGGUGGAGAAAACGACGACCUCUUUUUGUGGCUAGAAAACAGAGAUGUUGAAAACGUUUUGAGUGGAACGAAACGGAGUGACGAGGGGGAGAUCAGUGAGGACUGA